CUGGUAAUUCCAGUACUAACAGUCUGUCAUUGUCAGUCCACUGUUCAUUUCUCCAGCUCUAAACAUGCUGCUGCUCCUACUACUGCUGUCAUUUGCCGAUGAUUGCCAGGCUCAGCGUCUGAGGGGUCGGAAGAACAAUGACUCAUGUGUGUGUGCGGUAAACUCCAGCAUGUGGUCGUUCCCUGUUGAGAAGUACAAGGCCGUGCAUCAGCAAGUUCUGUCCUGUGAAGGGUCUUUGAACCACCUGCAGGAACAGGUGAAGUUGUCGAGUCAACGUCUCCCUCAGAUCUAUGCUCUGGUUGAGAAUGUGACGGCUCGGCUAGAGCCCUACCAGUAUCUGCACGACCAGGGCGUAUACACAGCCUUGUCUUUGCACCUGUUAGGACAAGAGCUCAGCCAGCUGGAGACAGACAUAACUGCCAUCCACAGCCAGUUAAACAACGGCCAAACACGGAAACUCUCCAAAGAGGUGGUUAAAUUGCGUGGAGAUGUAGACAGGAUGACAACGUCAGACACAAUUAACAUGAAGACUGUUAAAGAGAAACUGCGCUACUUGAAAAACAGUGCUGAAUCCUGCAAGUCAAUCCCCAAAGACUUCAGAGGCCAGGAAAGGUACUGCCUCAAGGGUCUGAUCACCAACAUCAGCGAUCCUGUCAUGACUAAGGUCAAUCCCCACGGUAACAGCUACAUCUCUGGUUCAUGGGGCAAACAGGCCCAGAUGGACAGCUUGGCACAGAUGAGCAGCUACUGGGUUCUGCCUCUGCUCAACAGCAACAUCUGGGGAAACUCUGUGAGCAUAUACCAAACCUACGAGGACUUCAUGGCCUCUGCCAAAAAGAAGGACUAUGCCUUUGCUUCAUCAUACACCCACGCCGACGCCAUCGAGGGUCCCAGCGCCGUCCUAUAUGGUGAAGCACUGUACUAUCACUGUUACCGCUCUGCAGAUGUUUGCCACUAUGACCUCAACACCAACAUCGUUAAACGUGUAACACUUCCAGGCAUCGGAGUGGGUUUCAACAACAAGUUCCCCUAUUGUUACUAUGAUUGCCGUGCCAAUAGUGAUGUGGACAUAGAGGCAGAUGAGACAGGACUAUGGGCCAUAUAUGCCACCAUGGGUAACCAUGGUAAUAUAGUGGUGAGCCGGCUAGUUUGGGACAGUGAAGGUGAUGAACUCAAUGUGACACAGACGUGGGCGACGAGGCUAUUCAAGAAGGCAGUAACUAAUGCUUUCAUGGUGUGCGGCGUGCUGUAUGCCACUCGAUAUGUGGACGAAUACCGUGAGGAAGUUUUCUACGCCUUCGACACAGCAACAGGUAAAGAGGACAACUCACUAGCACUGCCACUGGAGAAAGUUGCUAAAGGAGUGGCCAGUCUGAGCUACAACCCCACCAACAGACAGAUCUUCAUGUACAAUGAUGGAUAUCUACUGGCGUACCAGGCCCACUUCUGACAUGAAGGCGUUGUAAUAGGCCAUUUGUUGCAAUUUCAAUGUUAGCCAGGUUUGUGUAAGACUUACAACAAGAAAAGGGCAAAGAUGGAAAUGGUCCAUGAAAACCAAUGUAAUGAAUGUAGCAACACUGAAUGGUAUCACAAUGAAAAUUCAAUAAAAAGAUAGUAAUAUGAUAAAGACUUCAA